AUGGCCUACAAGCCCAUGCGCCAGGGUGAGCAUAACAUGAGGCUGGUCCCGUGGAUUCCAGGCCUGCCAGGCAUCGCGUGGAAACCAUCGACUAUGGUGCAAGAUGUCAUCGUGGAAGAUUUCGUGGAUGAUACCACUUCCGAGACCACUAUAUGCGUUAGUUUAACCUUUCUCGCAUCACUUGUCCUCAUCGCACACGAGGCAAACCUGAACGACAUGAAAUCGCACAUCAAAUAG